AUGGCAGUCAAAUAUGCAGAACGUAAGGAGCAUAUUUGCUUCUCUCUCUCUCUUGAGGCUAAUUUCCCCUGCUCCUAUCUCUUUUAAUACUUAGGGGAAAGCAGCUGCCAAGGAAAGAGAUUAAAGUAGACUAGCAAUCAGAUCAUCUGCAUGUUUGGCUUUGAGCACUAUCACCUCCAGCUUCCUUUGCAUGCUUUUAGAGGAGUUACCAUCAGACACAAGUGGCAACUCACAAUACAUGACUGAUGGGAUGCAUUCAACCUGGUAUAUGAUAAAUUGCACAAGCCUAUUUUAAUUCAAUAAUUUUCUUCUCUCCCCCCCUUUUAAUGGAAAUAUGUAUCUGUGACAAUGCAAUGAUGGCAAAGCACAGAAGGUCCACUUUGUCUCACCGUGGUCCAUGCCAAUUGCAAUCUGAUUAUAAGACGCUAGGUGGCUGAUCAUCACCUGGCUUUAGGAUAGAUUCAAUGGAGGUCCCUGAAAUGUCCCAUUCCUAGCCAGUUCUGUGCUGCUCAACAGUUUUGUGCAACACUACUGUGCAAACACAGUACAAAAACUGUGGUGCAAAUAAACCUUGCAAAAGUAACACAACAGCACCUUCUAUGAAAUGCAGAAACAGCAAUUGUUGUACCCUGUCCUGAAGACCUGCAUACUUGUAUGGUGACUUGGUGGUAUAAGCCCACUGGUCUAUCCCUUCCAAUAAAAUAAAAGGGAUAUCAAGAGGACUUGAACCUUGAGAAGAAGGGAAGGGCCCCCUGAAUGUUCUAGAUUACAGCUCCCUGCUACCCCAGACAAUUGGCAAUGCUGGCUGGGGUUGACAGAACUUGGGACGCCAAUGAUUGGGGUGCACCAGGUUAAAAAAGGGUAAAGGGACCCCUGACCAUUAGGUCCAGUUGCAGACGACUCUGGGGUUGAGGCGCUCAUCUCGCUUUAUUGGCCAAGGGAGCCGGCGUACAGCUUCUGGGUCAUGUGGCCAGCAUGACUAAGCCGCUUCUGGCGAACCAGAGCAGCGCACGGAAACGCCGUUUACCUUCCCACCGGAGUGGUACCUAUUUAUCUACUUGCACUUUGAUGUGCUUUCAAACUGCUAGGUUGGCAGGAGCUGGGACUGAGCAACGGGAGCUCACCCCGUCGCGGGGAUUCAAACCGCCGACCUUCUGAUCGGCAAGCCCUAGGCUCUGUGGUUUAGACCACAGCGCCACCAGCGUCCCACACCAGGUUAGGGAAGACUUUUAAAAUAAAUAUUUCAGUUCUGACAUAAUGAAUUGUUUCUUUGACUUUACUCUGUCUUAUCUGAUGAUUGAUUUGGGUAGGGAGCUGCACUACUUGUCCUGGUUCUGUAGGGGAGCCCAUAGAGCAAGGCAAUCAGCCCAGUACGGAGUCAGACCAGUGGUUCAUCUAGCUCAGUAUUGUCUACACUGACAGGCAGCAGCUUGCCAGGGUUUCAGGCCAGGGUGUCUCCUGUCCCUGCUUGCAGUUGCCGAGGAUUGAACCUGGGACCUUCUGAAUGCAAAGCAGAUGCUCUAUGUCUGAGCUAUGGCCCUUCCUUUAUAUACCGUAUUUUUCGCUCUAUAGGACGCACCGGACCAUAGGAGGGGGAGAACAGGAAAAAAAAUAUUCCCCCCCUCUACUUAGUGCCCCUUCAGUGAAGCGGCAGGAGAAAUGAAGCCCCUUCCAUUUCUCCUCCCGCUUCACUGAAGGGGCGCUGCGCAGAGAGGGAAAACUGUGCAUUGCCUCUCCAGCGAAGCGAAGCCUGGAGAGCAAGAGGGAUCAGUGUUCACUGACCCCUCUCACUCUCCAGGCUUCAGGUGGCUAUCUGCAAGCGUUCGGCACGCAGCGGAAACUCCUGCUGCACUCCGAAGACUUGCGGAUAGCUGCCAGAAGUCCCCAGAGCACAGCGGGAAGACUUGCGGAUAGCUGCCAGAAGCCCCCGGAGCAACGCAAAGCCUCCGGAACACUGGGGGAGCUUUCCCUCUGCGCUUUGGAGGCUUCGCGUUGCUAUCGCUGAAGCCAAGGAGCCUGCAUUCGCUCCAUAGGACGCACACACAUUUCCCCUUAAUUUUUGGAGGGGGAAAAGUGCGUCCUAUAGAGCGAAAAAUAUGGUAAGAAUGGGCCAGGUGGCCAAACAGUUUGACUUUUGUCUAAGGUAGCUUCCUAUGUGCUAGAGAAAUUCUGAAGCUGAGUGGCAUUCAGUUUAGCAGGUCACAAAUCUGCAAAACUGAAUUUGCUUCCCGUUGACCCGGGUUUAUUUUCAGCUCCUUUUGCAAUCUGGAAGGUGGAAGGAGCGUAAGAUAAACCUUAAAACAUCAGUGGUCUGCAGUGAAUUUUUGCGUAGGAGAACAGUUGGGGCCAGAGACACCAGAUUGCAGGGUGGGGAGGAGACACAUUCCAACAUCUUGAUGUCAUGAGCAUGAGCAUCCUGCCCCACUCCCUAAGCCAGGCAGAAACUUUCUGGGCUUUGGGAAGAAGGUGCCAUGGCUCUGAGAGGAUGCUGGAGCCCUCUUGCUGGGCGUAUGUAUGCCCUGAGACCUGAAAUGCAUGUUACAGCUUACCACAGGGAUGCUACUGAAAUCAGACAGCUACAAUGAACUAUUCAACCCCAGCCAUAAUGCAAUGUAUCAAGACCACAAAGCAAUUUGUGAGAUUCCACGUGACUCUCAGUGGCCACCUAGACAGCAGAGCAGAAUUGGAUGUGGCAUGGAGACUCAACUCUGAUCAGUGUUGUGGUCAGUUCUGUGUGUUGCAGCUAGGGAACAGCUGGUUUCGAACAAUGCCAACAUUUAUCUGGGGCUGUCAAAUUCAUAUGUGAAUGCCAUUAUUCACCAUAUUUUGGAGAUUCACCAUGACACGUUGAAGGUCGGAAGUUGCAAUUCAGCUACGGUGCUCCAGCGUGCAUGCAAUGCAUAUGGUGAACAAAAGACACAUACAGCCACUUCAAAUGUGAUGUUAUGUGCUCCCAAUCCACAGUGUUCCAUGUGACGCUCAGCUCUCUAAAUGUUAAAUUUGUUACAAAAGAAAAGGCACCUGCUGUUAAAUCUGAUAGCAAACAGGGACAUCUGCAUGGUGAAGGAAAUUUGGGGCACUCUGGGGAUUCAAACGAGCUCCCUUCCCUCAACUUGUAUUGGUUGAGAAAUAUCCGUGACCCCUUAAGAUCCUCAUGCAAAUUGUGUGCAAUUUAGUAGGAAAACAGGGAAGAGCUAUAUACAUAUAAAAAGUGAAAGUUUUUUUUUUAAAAAAAAGUAGAUUACUCAUUUAUGCAGGCACUUAUAUGAUUCUCAAAAGAAAAAUGUACUUGUGUUUUAAUUUGAUUUUUUUUUUUUUUUUUAGGUGAGAGCUUGUAUUUUACAAUGGCCAAUUCUGAUGUUUUAGUGGGGGGAAACAUUUAAUGUCAUUGUUUACUGCCCAUGAUUGUAUUAAAAAGUUUCAUAAAUGACUUUUUGAAAGGUUAAUUUCAUUGGAUGUACAGUGUUGACAACUGUUGAGGGGCAUUUUAUCAUUUUAAAAUAUGUGUGAGUAGAGUUAUGCUCUGGUGUGCCAGUAAUGCUCAGAAGGUUCUGCUCUUUAUCUAAUUUGUAUCGCACUCUUCUUCCCUAUAAUUUGGGCUCGCAUAGAUGCGGAAGACCACAUUUUAUUCCAUAGUUUAUGCACCGUGCAAAGAAGUACUUCCUUUCGCCUGUCCUGAAUCUUGCCAACAAUAACUUAGUAACAAUAUUUUAUUAUUUAUGCCCCUCCCAUCUGGCUGGGUUUCCCCAGCCACUCUGGGUGGCUUCCAACACACAUAAAAAUAAUAAAACACCAAACAUUAAUACAAUCUGAUCCAAUAUAAAACUUUAAAAUAAACAACUUAUAUCAGAUAAGGCAAUAUUCAAUAAAUCCAUUAGAACCCAAUAGUAAACAGUAAAAUUAAACACCAGCGAAUAAUCAUUAAACACUUUACACUUAUCAGUUACAACAAAGAAUUACUAAUCUAUAAUCAAUAAAAAAUAUCAGCAAAUCACAAUGCAUAAAAUACCACAAAACAUACAAAACCAUGUUAAAGAUUCAAAUUGAAAACCAAGGACAUAUCCCUGAACUCCUCUUCUGUCUUCCCAGCUGCCUCUGCAGGAAAGACUCCCAAGGCUUGAGGGUGGGGCAAGGCAGGUGGAAAAAGCAUUGUCUUAUGAUCAGCAGAAACUCUCUCUCCCCUUAGUUGGUCCUCGAGUUGUUGUUGUUGUUGUUGUUGUUGUUAUUAUUAUUAUUAUUAUGAGAGAGGGAGAGAAACACCCUCUCCAUUUUCUCCACACAGUGCGUAAUAGUAUAUGCCUCUGUCAUGUUGCCCGCUUAAGUCUGCUAAGUGUCCCACUGGUGAUAAAGGCCAGCUAACACCAGCUAUUUCUGACUUCCUUCCCUAGUCCUGAGGCGGAACAGUGUAGGGACAAGGAUGCCAUCAAAUCAGUAACAGCAACAACUCCCCUCUGAGGCUCAUGGCUUCCUAACUUUAAAGCACAUCAGAAGCACAAUAGAAAGCUGCUAAGGACCUUUGGCUACCCAGACCCCCAGGCCAUCAUGACAAUAGGUUUACAGGUUGUACAGGCCUAGUUUUGCACAUGGAAAACCCAGGAUCAAAUCCAUGAAGGGUCUUCUAUGACCCUUACUGGAUAACCAAGGGUAAUCCAUCUCUCUCAGCCUAUGUUUUGGGCUGGGAGGACAAAACACCACUCUUGAGUUCUCUGGAAGAAAGAAGGGCUGCAAAUGCAAUAACAUCACAGAUCCAAGUCUGCAGGCCUAAGGCAAGGCAGACAGGCAAAAUACAAAUCAUAUGGAGGCUCCAACAGGAGUCUUUCCCUUUGCCUGUGUUGUGUCUACAGUGUGCUUCAGAACCACGGGCAAAUUCUUUCCCUGUGAUUAAAGAAGGCAGCCAGCUUUGCAGAAAACAGUUCAUUAAGUUAACAUGCCACCCUACCUAGGCACAGAUAGAAUACUGCGGCUAAUGGCAUGUGUAGCUAACACAGAAUUAAUUGGCCAUCUCAGUGGAUUGCUUUCAGAAAGAAGCUCUCAGCACCAUGAUCCUAAACCUAAACACAUCAAAAUGAAUAUUUUCUUUUGGUUUUAGAAAGAAAAAGCCACUCGCACAACCAGAUUAGCAUGUUAGUGAUAUGGGCAGGGUGGAAUUUGUGCAAAGUCCAUUAGCAUGUGAUGAAACAGCUAUGUGAUGGGCACUGCCAUGUAGCCUUUCAUAUGACAUGGACCAGUAAAUAUGGGCUGCGUGCAGGGCUAAGCCAAGGCUGCCACACCUGGAACUAUCCCUGGAGUGUUCAUUCUCCAACCCAGGAAUGGGGUCCUUGCAGCUACUUGUGGCAAAGCCCGGUAUCUGAGGCUAUGUGUCUUUAAGUACCAGUUGCAGGCCCUGGUUGGCCACUGUGCGUAUAGGAUGCUGGACUAGAUGGGCCUUUGGCCUGAUCCUGCAGGCUGGUCUUACGUUGUUACUUCUAGCCCCUUCCUCCAGCAUUGGUGACAUCCAGGUCUUAUUGCCAAGUUGGCUAUGUCCUAGUCACCAAGAAAACUGCACCCAUCAGGGACUUAGCCGUUGAGUUCCUUUCUUCAUGGUUUCCCAGUUUCUCAGGGCAGCAUCAUGGUUUGAGUAUUAGGCUUGGUUUUCCAGCUCUCUAUCCACCCUACUCUUAUUCUGACCUAUCAAAUAGCUUGGACUUUUGUGUCAGGGAUGGGGAACCUUGUCAUACAUGUGGAAGAAGAACUUAAACACAUUGCAUAGUUCCAAAAAAAUAGACCAGAGGCAAUUUCAUCCAGCAGAGCUUUUACUGGUGCUGAAGGCAAAUAAGCAUAAUGGUCACAAAUACAAUACAUUCAGGAUUGGCACAGUCCAUAGAAAUCCAGUUGCAGCAGACUUAACAAACUUACAAGAACUUAUAAUAAGUCCAAAACCUUAACACUAAGCAUACUAUAUACAGAACACCAGACCAGAAGAGAGACAAAAGAGAAAGUGAUUGAAACUCAGGCUCUUUCUGGCCUCCUUUUAUAGUCAGCAUGACCUUGCAGAAGAGAUAACAGAACCAGUUUAAAGCAGCUGUACUCAGCUUCUCAGAAGGAAUAACCAAAACAAGAACCUUCUUUCACACAGAGGAGAAAAACUUCCAGUAGCUUCCUGAAUCCUCCUGUAUUAAUCAGAAUAGUAAAGAUCUCUACACAUCAGAUCUACACUAAGAAAUGCAAACUCCAGAUAUUGCUGGACUACAUCUCCCAUCACCCCUGACCUUUGGAUUGGACUGAUAGGAAUUGGAGUCCAACAACAUCUGGAGAGCCAUGGAUUCUCCAUCCUUGCUGUAAGAGCAUGGUGUUGUGGUUAGUGUUAGACUGACCCCAGGGAGAACUAAGUUCAAGUCCCCCAUCAUCUACAAAACCUAUUGGGUAAUAGCCACCCCAUGAUUUUCUCUCAGGCUCACAAGGACUGUUUUUUUUAUGAAGGUAAAAGGCCUAGAGGCCCUAUGUGCUACUCUAAGCUCUUUAUGGGAAAGGUGGAAUAAAAAUCUGAUAAUCUGAGUAAAGAGCAGCCACUGAAAGUGUACUCAGUGUUCUUAAGUGGUAUAGAGAUGGUACACGCAUCAGCCAUAAACUAUGACAACAUUCCAGUCUUUAAAACUAACCCACUACUUCUCCUGCUGUUAUGGAAGUUUCAGAGCCUCCCGGUCUUCAAAUGACUUCAUUUUAAUUCACCUCAAUGUAGCUCAAGCUCUGGCACGCUGCCUCUUCAGAUACGAUCAAGGGAGUGACUCUCGUGAUGCAGACCAGAGCAAAACUCUCGCUGCAGUUGGAAAGGAACCCUUGUUUUGCUUUAUAAUUCUUGCCAAGAACAAAUGAAACUUGGCUGCUUUCCCUGGAAAGGCGUGUGGGGUUUUAAUAAAGAAGAACUAAUGGUUUUCUCACCCCGUCUCUUUCUCCCCUGUUUGUAUUAUUAUUGCACAUAUUAAUAUUAUAAUUACAGAUAGUAACAUUAAUAGGAGCUGCUUUGUAGCACACUGGGAGGAAUACUUUGAAAACAGAAAACAAAUGCAAGUUUCUACAGCAUUUUCACAUGAAAUCAGAUCAGAAUUUCAUUUUUUUAAUUAAGUCAGUUUCUGUAUUUGGCCUGAUAUAACCUUAUGAACAACCACUAAUUCUAUUAUGCUCUUAAUUGAGUUAUGUUCCUGUUGUUGAGUACAGCGCUCUUUCUCUUUUUUUCAUGUACCAUAAACCACUGUAGAUCUGAACCCCAUGCAAAUCACUGCCAGUGCUUUAGCUACUCAGGGGAAAGCAUUUUAAUCUGUGAUAAAUUCUUACACAGUUUUAUUUAUUUAUUUAUUACUGGGACUGGUAAACAGAGGAAGACUUUAAGGGCACCUCCAAACUGUAGCUAUUUUUGGGUGGGAUUCAAUCACAUACCAGGAAUAAAACUGCUAGCACUUAUGCAAAACAAAACAGGGUUUGAUAUGGUUUAGAAUUGGAUGGGGGGGGCCCACGUGUUGAGAUACUUUUGUUGCAGGGAGGUUGGACUAGAUCAGGGGUCAGCAAACUUUUUCAGCAGGGGGCUGGUCCGCUGUCCCUCAGACCUUGUGGGGGGCCAGAUUAUAUUUUUGGGGAAAAUAUGAAUGAAUUCCUAUGCCCCACAAAUAACCCAGAGAUGCAUUUUAAAUAAAAGCACAUACUCUACUCAUGUAAAAACAUCAGGCAGGCCCCACAAAUAACCCAGAGAUUCACUUUAAAUAAAAGAACACAUUCUACUCAUGUAAAAACAAACUGAUUCCCGGACUGUCCGCAGGCCGGAUUCAGAAGGUGAUUGGGCCGGAUCCGGCCCCUGGGCCUUAGUUUGCCUAUCCAUGGAAUAGAUUACCGUACUCUUGUGGCCCCUUCCAACUCUACAAUUCUACGAUUCUAAGUUUGUGUGUUUACAAUUGAUUGGUAGCACUUGUGGAACGAAUCUGUUUCCCCAAAGGAUCAAAUUUUUCGCAAUAAGGAAAAUGACACAAAAAUGCUCUGGAUAUGUAACGAAGCCAAUUGCCACAACACAGGAGACUAGCCUGGCUUAAUUAGCUUGUGACUCUUGUAGACCCAAGGAUUAAAAGUGUCGGGCACACAAUUUAGCACCCCAAGUCUUAAUUAAAUCCUGACACUUGUUGGGUCUGGAGAUUAUGGUGGCCUGGGCCCCCACUAACUCAUAACAGUAUAAAGCAUAUUUGAAAGUAUAGCGUAUGCAAUAAAAUUACAGUGCAGUGAUAAAAAGAUACUGCUCUUUCAUAAGAGUUAUUAAGAGCCCUUUCCCAAUUCGUGAGUUAUCUUUCAGCAUAUAUACACAUUGCAACAUCACUGCACAUUUGCUAUUCUGGCUUUCUCAUAACAGCUGCAGUCCAGUGUCCAGGGAUCUGUGGUAGUGAAUCUUAGGCAGUGCUUUUUUUCCUGGGGGGGACGCAAGGGUACGCACACCCCUAAACUUAUUGUGAAUCUAAGUUUGGCCUCAUUGAGAGGCAGUAUUUCAAUAUGAGUAAGAAAAUGAGAGUACCCCUAAACAUUUUUUUUAAAGAAAAAAAAGCACUGCUCUUCAUUGUCCACUCAGCUGAAUGUGAAAACAACAGAAGACUGUAUGUCUGCCAGUACUCAAAUUAUGGGGGGGAGGGGCAAGAGGGGUCCCUAUCCUCUUAUUUGCAACACUGUCUAACUUACCACAAGUUAGAGCUGAAGCACCGGAGCCGCAUUUUGAAUCAGGGGGCCCAGCUCCCCCAAUAUUGGUUGCCCCAGCCACUCUGGGUGGCUUCCAACACAUAUAAAAACAUAAUAAAACAUGAAACAUUUUUAAAAAAAAACUUCAGAUGUCUUCUAAAGGUUAUAUAGUUACUCCAACAUUCAUCCAAUGAAAAUAGGGACAUCCUAAGGAAAAGCAGGACAUUCCAGGAUCAAAUAAGAAAUCAGGAUGGCUUCUGCAAAUCCGGGACUAUCCCUGGAAAAUAGGGACACAUGGGGGGUCUGAAAUUUAGGUUUGUGCAAUUUAAGUGAAUUAAAGUGCUCUGUAUCUCAGAUCCACUUAAGAAGCAAGCAAGCAACAACAAAAUGCACCAGACUUUUUUGCGGUUUGGAAAGCGAUGGGGCAGGCAAAUGAUUAACAAGAAGACAAAUAAAUUCAUUGCAAACAAAUUAGGAGGAAUGCUCAUAGUUUCAUAACUGCAACACAAAUAUCAGUAUUAAUAUUACUGGACAUAGUCUAAGCUCUGCGUGUGUUUUGUGCAAGCCAAUCAAGAUGAAUGCUCAGUAAACAGGUCAUCUGGAGUGUGCGCACACACGCCCCAAGUCAAGUUUUCUUUUUCCAGAUCUGAGCAGCUCUGCCAAGGAGAGCAAGAAGCCCAUGGUUCUCCUCUGUGACUUCAGGGCAGCUUGGUCAGUCACUUCCCACACCAGAGCAUUUGAAGUGCAUGAUCUCUGAGUGCAUUACCAUAUAGAUUUUCUAGCAGAAUGUGAAAAAACUACAUAUAGGGAUGCAGAAACAAAAUCGGUUAUAAUGCUGAGCAUAAAUAGCCUACACAUUCCUUAUCUUAAUAGAGUUCUCCCCCUCCUGGCAGCAGUAAGUAAGGGUCUUCCUUAGAUCUUUUCUCAAUGCAAAAAGGUCACGUGUAUUUUUUCACCUACAAAAUUUAUAGUGCUUAAUAUUUUUCAUCGCUGGGACCACUGAGACAAUCUCAAUAUGAGCUGUGCUGAAAACACUUCCCUCAGCCGAAAGCUUCAAUAAUAAAUGUGUGUUUAAUGGCUGAAGUGAGAUUUCCCUGUGUUGGCUCAUGGGGGCUGCAAUCCUGCCCCUUUAAAAGGAAUAGGAGUUGUUUUUAUCAUGUUUUAAAGACUUCAGUAGGAGCUGGAUUGCAUCUUCAUUUUCUUAAUAUGCCUUACAUUCUUGGCACAACAGCUCUCAGUAGACGUAUUAUUAUAGAAGCAAGACAAAUUUACUUUGCAUUUCCCUUCCUCUUUGUUUUUCAGCCUAUUCAACAAAGCUCAAUAAAUUCCCCAUCUUCAAUUUUGAUGAUGACUUGAAGUACUUUUGCAUCAGUGCGGUGAGCCCAAAUACGACAAAAGCAACUCUGUAUGCUCUGAAUGUGUGGCGAUACUGGUGUAUGACGAAAGGCCUGAAAGAUUACAUGGACAUUACAAAGGUGAGUGGCCUUGGUUCUGAUGGUGUACUGUAACUAGGUUAAAUCUGCAAGGCAGAAGCUUUAUUUAUCUGGUGAAACCUGCCCCAAUCUGGUGCCCUCCAGGUAUUUUGAACUACAACUCCCAUCAGCCUUAGCCAGCAUGACCAAUGCUAAGGCCUUAUGGGAGUUGUAGUCCAAAACAGCUGGAGGGCACCAGCUGAGGAAGGGUUCUGUAGGCUUCUACUUUGUUCCCAGGCCAAAGUCCUGGUCUCAAUGUUUACUGCCCAUAUGCCUGAGACCAGGAUAUCUCAAGGACAACCUCCUUCUGUCUGAACUUCCCUGUGUUUGUUUCUUUUUGGCAUUUGAAGCCCAGUUGGCUGUUGUUCUGGCUUCUGAAGUACAGCAGGGGGAAUGUGAGGCUGCUAGGAUUGCCAUACGUCCAGAAUUUCUUAGAUUUUCACUUUUUGAAAUACGGCAGCCCUUCCUAUCUCAGCGGUGGUGCUUAAGCUGUGGAAUAUCCUACUAUCUGACACAGGUAGUUUCUGAACUGAGCGAGAAUCUCCCAGGAACCUUUACUCGGCAUGCAAGGAGUUGGUGGUGCUGGCAGCUGUCUAACCAAUAGGCGAUGGCCAGAGGUGCCAGCUUGUGAGGGCGAUUGGAGGGGCCAACGUUGCACAUGUGAUGUCAGAUAUGUGCAGUGUCCCGAUGUGAUGCACACGUGAUGACAGGAGGAGCUGGGUGAGAAGCUGAAUGCAGUGGCCACACAGCAUCAAUGGCUGGCGGCCCGUCCUCAUCCUCUUCCUGAUGCUGUCACUGGCAGGAAGCUGCUUCAACCCACCUUCCUGUCCACAGGAGGAGCAGCAGGAGGAGAAGGAGAUGGCCACUGGAGCUGUGCCGUGCUUGGCUCUGUGCUUCACCUCCAUGCUUUUGGGACAUUGUGGGGCAGAACCAAUCCCCAAAAUGGACUUGGCCCCCAGGAGUUGGCACCCCUGGUGAUGGCAUAGCUAGGGGGGAUGGCAGGCAAGUGAGGAGGCAUAGGGCAGGCUGUGGCACCAAGGCCUGGCUAAAAGUAGGCCCAAGAACCACUGUUUGAGAAAACACCAUUCUGCUAGUAUUCAGAGAACGUUCAGUGUGUGGGGUCAACACCAUGAAGUCUCUACCAGUUUUACUGAUAGAGGUUUGAGAGGAAACAUGCAGGUCCCAUUUCUACCCAAUUACUAAGUAAUAUGUCAAUCUGCUCCUGCUGAUAAAUGUAUGGCUUAUUGUAUUGAUAGUAAAUCACUUUAAUAUAUUAGGCUACCUGUGUUCAGGGCUGCUCUGCAUUGAUUCUCCUCGCUCCUGAUCUAUCACUAGCCACCGCCCCAUGUUUUUCGCAAAAUUUCUGGCUACAGGCCCGAGAAGUCUCCGUGUAGCUUAAUAAAGCCUGAGGUACAGAUGUGAAAUAAGAUAGCUGAAAUUAAUCUUGUGAUGAGACAACACAAAGAAAAAGGCUCCUUGCAACUUUCAUGCCUUUCAGCAUCAAAGGCAAUGUUAUUCAUGCCUUCCUCCUGUUUAUGCCAGCAUCUCAUUAUAACCAGCUUAAAGCUUUCCUUUUAAUUAUGAGCUUUAUAGAGGCUGUAAGUAGAUCUGAGUGGCAAGGCACGAUGGGAAGUUUCUGCUACUCAGGUGCAACAGGGAAAAUGUAAGAGCUGGACAGCUGUUUAUUUAAUAGCUGGAAAAAUCCAGGCUAUAGAUCUCAGGGCCAAAUUAGACACAUUGUUCGAUAUAUGUUUUUUCCUGUCAAUGUGCAGAGCUUCUUUAAAAAAAUAGAAAUGCCAAUAGCAUCAGCUGGGGAGAGGUUGGUAAUAUCAUAGCAGGCAUGGAGGGAGAGUUUAACCCUUUCUUCCCCUGCCACUGAGCCACUGAGGACAAAUCCUCACGGAAGCUAGCAUUUGCGCUGUAGAUGCCAACAGACAAUUUCCCUCAAAGCAAAUUCUAGCUUUAGAAUAGUUAUUUACCCCAGGGGUUGGGGAAGGGGAGGGGGUUAAAUCUCCUAUUCUGGACAGUCACCUGCCCUUUGCCCUUUACAAACAAGCAUGUUAAAUGCAUAGGUGCGUUGAACCUUGGGGCAAGUUUGGCCCUCAGCGCGCCACAAACUGAGAUGCUGCUGCUGCAGAAAGGCAUUUGCAGAACAAACAGUUGAAGAUGAUACAUAUCUGGAAGCCAUGUGCCACAGGUAGCGCAGGGAAGGGGCUAUAUGGAAGGUUGGCAGCAGUCUGAUCUGGGCGAAAAUUCCUUCCUGUCCCCAGAUUUGGUGACUGGUCAGAGACUGGGAAUGAGUCACCCUAAGGCAAUUCUGUCUGGGGCAUUUCAGUUCCAUCCAACUUCCUUUCCUUGGUUCAGGUAGCGUUGUAUUCUGCUACAGCAUGGUAAUUUGAUGAUUGUUAGACAUGAGUUAGGGAAUAAGCAGGACCAGCCCAAUGAUGAUGAAGAUGAUGAUGAUGAUUUACCGUAUUUUUUGCUCUAUAAGACUCACUUUUUCCCUCCUAAAAAGUAAGGGGAAAUGUGUGUGCGUCUUAUGGAGCGAAUGCAGGCUGCGCAGCUAUCCCAGAAGCCAGAACAGCAAGAGGGAUUGCUGCUUUCACUGCGCAGCGAUCCCUCUUGCUGUUCUGGCUUCUGAGAUUCAGAAUAUUUUUUUUUCUUGUUUUCCUCCUCCAAAAACUAGGUGCGUCUUGUGGUUUGGUGAGUCUUAUAGAGUGAAAAAUACGGUAUAUAUCACCCUUCAUCAAAAGAUCUCAGGGCAGUUUGCAAGAUAAAAUCUGGGACAAAGUCCCUCCUACACAGAGAAACUAUCUUUAGAUAUCCUUUCCAUUAGAUGGAGCUACUUCCAGCUAUGAAUUUGGGGUGCCACGAAAAGACAGCAAGCAGAUAGUUAUCUAACAUAUCAUUAUUAUGCUUUUACUGCUGGGGAAGUGGGAGAGGCAAUUCUGGAAUUUCCUGCCUUGUAAAAUAACUUGGCUGGCCUUGGGUACCUUGACGAGAUGUGGGGAGGGCUCUUUCUGCUCCUCCUUAGGCAGCAAAAUGUCUUGGGCCAGCUCUUUGAAUAAGGAAUUUGCCAUGGUCCUUGGAACCAUGAAGUAAGUAAGUGGUAGAAAGGUCCAAGUUCAGUCCCCAGCAUCUCCUGGCAAGACUGGGGGGAAGGACUCUUGGAGAGCCUCUGCCAGACAGUGUAGCAUGGCUGGCCCACCCAUAAGGCAGGAUGAAGCCAUUGCCUUGGGUAGCAGAUCCAGACCGCUGCCACCACAAGUAGUCCUUGAAUCUGCAAGGUCCAGUCUCUGCUAAAGAUUGGUUUGGCUCUGAGUGCAGUAGUGUAGCAUGAGCGGAGUCACAAGGGCAGUUGCCCUGGGCGCAAAAUUCUUAGGGGCACAAAAUUUCAAAUGAAAAAGGAAGAAAGUAGUAGUAAUAAUAACAAUAAUAGUUGUGCACCCUCCCCCUCGCACAGAAAAUCUCCCAUGUCCACAUGGGUAGACAGAAGAGCAGUUGGUUGCUAGAUUGUCCUCUGCAAAGGCUUUAGAAAGAUACCUGCUCCAAACUAAUCCCCCGUCCCGCUUUCUACUGUGCUUGACACUCGCAGAGCUCUGCAGCUGCCACUUGGAUAGGUCACCAAACUAUUGCCCCUUCAUUCCAGCCUAUCGGCGAGCUGUGCCAAGUAUACUUGCUUUGCCCCGGGCACUGGCAACCCAUGCUACACCACUGUCUGAAUGCUAAUACAUUAGCUCAGUUCAGUUUUUCAGUCCUAGCUCUUGUUAAACAAACAAACAAAAAAGGUGGUCAAGGUGGGCAGGGGAAAUGGUUCUGUGAGAGUUAAUGCAAACGCUCCCAUUCCUUGCAAGCCAGAUCCCAGCGGUGAAGCUGAACGAGCUCCUUGAAGAUUUCUAUGUCACCGUGAAGAAAACCGACGGCUCUGAUUUCCUGGCCACCUCUCUUCACGCUAUCCGCCGAGGGUUAGACCGGAUCCUGAAGAAUGCUGGGAUUGGUUUCUCCAUCACAAGCGGGAGCUUUGGUUCUUCCACCAAGAAGCUCAAGGAGAAGCUGAGGGUGCUCAGCAAAGCUGGGAUGUCUGGUGCCCGCUCUCGCAACAUCAUCUAUUUUUCCCUUUCAGAUGAAGAAGAGAUGUGGAGGAUUGGGUGCUUGGGUGAUGGGAGCCCAGUAGCCUUGCUGUCCACUGUGGUAAAAUACAACAGCCAGUACCUCAACAUGAGGACACUUCAGGAACAUGCUGAUUUAAUGUACGGUGACAUUGAGCUGCUGAAAGAUUCACAGAACCGGCCCUUUUUUGCCAGAACAGACAAUGUGAAACGGGAGAAAAGGUUGGGCUCAAACAGUGUGUGCUACGGCCAGAUAUACCAUGACCACUCCAAAGGGCACAAGGUUUGUCCUUACUGCCUCCUUUACAAGUACAUGUACAUCCACCGGCCUCCUUCGCAAAUGGAAGGCAAGUCCCCUUUCUACCUGACUGCUCGGAAAGAGACUAUUGGCAUGGGCAGCGUCUGGUAUGAGGAGCAGAGGAUGGGCUUGCGGUCACUGAGGGGGGUCGUCCCAAAGCUGGCCAAAAAGGUCAAGCUUGACCACUGCGAGAACUUCACUUUCAUCUCCUUCACCCAGGCCUCCCGGAAGUUUGGCUCUCUGAACUCCUAUCAGUAA